AACCAUAAAAUGAAUGUCCUCUAUUGUUGUGAUGAGCCGGCCCUCUGGUCUCAGAGUGUGGGAACAGUAACACAGCACAGGCCACAUGGCUUUGUAAUGCUAAUGCUGCUGUAUAAAUACAGGGGGCUGUUCCUCAAAGAGACUCCCAACUCUUUUUGCCAUCGAAGAGAAGCAAGCUGUCCAGGCCUGUAAUGGCACCCCAUUCAGUUAUGCUUUCGUCUUUUGACCAUCUUAACUUCAGUGACAAAGACAAAAUGAAGCUGAGGAAGCCAAUUGUUGAAAAGAUGCGCAGAGACCGCAUCAACAGCUGCAUCGACCAGCUCAAGAGUCUCCUGGAGAAGGAGUUUCACAGCCACGACCCCAGCGCCAAACUGGAGAAGGCCGAUAUCCUGGAAAUGACCGUCAGCUUUCUCAAACAGCAGCGGCAGCAGCUUCCUCAGAGGGACUAUAAUGAAGGCUACUCUCACUGCUGGAGGGAGUCUGUCCACUUCCUCACUCUUCAUUCCACCGGAGGAGGAUCCGGCCAGGAGCUCCAGCGUCUCCACAACGCCCAGCAAACAAGCGCUGCUAUCGACUCCGCUCCACCAGGACCUUCCUCUAAACUGAGCACGGCUGGUAUGCAUCAGCCUGACAUCAGGAGGCCUGUCUGGAGACCCUGGUAGAGAUGCUGUGAACCGUAAACCCUGAGGGACAGUCAUAUUAACGUCUCUCAUGAAAGUAGGAGAUUCAUUUCCAAAGUAUAUAUUUGUGUUGUCAUCAUAUUGAUUGACAAAAACUUAAGACAAACAUGUGUUUGUCAAUAGAAAGAGGUGGAUUUAUGUGCUUCUCAUUCUGUUUUAAUAGCUCUUAAUGUGAUUUUUACCACAUGUGAUUACUUAAAUUGUGUUUUUUUUGUGUAUAUAUAUGUAUAUGUUUUGAUGUAUGCAUAUUUAAUUGAGGUUGACUCCAGUGGAGUUUUCUGUAUCAGACCAUUAAAAUGAAAUUGUACUUCAAAGUUUUUCAGAGUAUCUUUAUGUUUGUACUGAGAAUUCUCCAUUUUUGUUAGGUAAGGCAUGUUGUACCUUUGAUAAAGGAUCCAGUUUGUUGUCUUUACCAAUGCUGUUUUGAAAAUGAGCUCUUAUGUCAAAUGUUUUCUGUUAAUAAAAUUCUACAUUUCAA